AUGAUUCGACAAGUCUAACAAAAGGGUACAGACAUGGAAAUUAUCGGGUGAAACCUUACGGAUGAGCGGGAGUGGAAACAACAUCGAAGUUCGCCAACUUUGUCAUUUCCGUCACAAUUGGACAGCCUGCCGUAUUUUGGGCAUAUCUCCAUCGUUUCUUCACGGAAUUGCAAACCGUUUGAUUCUGUGGAUUUCUAAGAUGUAAGUCUAUAACUUUCGUAUAGAAAGUAUUUUGAGUUAACAGAUGUAAGAUAGCGUAAAUCGGACCUGAAGUCAAAGGAUAGUUGCUGUCUAGGAUUUCGGAUAUGUCGAUGAACAAUGAUUUCGACGAUUAACUCAUUAACUCCAAUAUUCCAACACCGAACCUUCUCUAUGAUACCUUCCGGAUGUUCCUAAUAAUCGUUAGAGAGUUUAUGAUGAGUAUUUGGAAUGGAACAACAUGAAUAUGGCUGGUGAUAAUUACUUUUCCAUCAAUGGUCCAAUUUCCGAGUCUAUAUAUAUCAAAUUGUGGCAAGAGCGUCUCACAUUCUCACAUUAUGGAAGGAACUUCUCGAGCUCUUUCUAAUACCAUAAGAUUCGUUGGUCUACUUUGUAGUCAUGCUCUUGGUAGCAAUCCAAGGUUCAUGGCUACAACGGUUGAUCUAGGACGUGAAUUGGUAAGGCGAAAAAUCAGGCUUACCUACGGAGGAGGCAACGUUGGCCUUCAAGGAGCUGUAGCUUCAAUGGUCUAUAAUAAUGGUGGUAGAGUCAGAGGUUUCAUACCAAGAACUUCAUGGCCUCCAACCAGAGGAAACUUUUCAUUUCUUCUUUCUUUCUUUGUUGAUGAGCUUUUGGACAAGCUAGAGUUUGCUAAGGCUUUCCCAGGUCCUGGUGCUAGUUAUGAAGAGUUUGCAAAUCCUGGAAGAGAUGUCGUGGAGGAUGCGAAUGCAGGACUUUAAAAAUACUGACUCAAUGAUCCGAAAAUCAUUUGGCUCUGAUACCAAAAUGUAACACCCCAAUCCGUAUAACCCGGAAUUACACGAAUUAAGUUGAAACGAGAGUUAAAUAAAAAUUUCGCUUGACAUUUUAAAAUGACAAUUACUUAUAAAUAUUAAAUUUACAAAUUCUGGAUCGCGACCCGUUUAAAAAUAUUUUUAGAGUAAUGCAGAAGUACAAUAAUAAUUAAAUCAUGACACAUUUAAAAUCUUUGAUGAUCAAACAUUUGCCUGCCAUCCUUGCAUCUCCUCUGACUCAAUGCCCUCCGGGAGUGGUUCCGUCAUUGUCUUCUUGUUACCUACGUGUAGUCAACGAAAAAUACAAACUACACGCUCAGCGAAACCGUUGAGUGGUACCACACAAGAUAAUUAAAUGACACCUAUGUAAUUAAUAUAAUUGUUCUUGAUGAUGAUUACAUGAAACCUAUGUACUCAAUAUAUUUGUUCUUGAUGAUGAUUACAUGACACCUAUGUAAUCAAUGUACUUGAUGAUGAUAACAUGAUGCAUGAUUCUAAGUCAACAAGGACGACCCUUGCAUUGUGAAAUUCGCCCAUUUGGUACGACGAACUCAGCGGCCUUAGUCUCACAAGGGAGACUAGAAAAAUAGGGGUGAUGACUUAUAUAUGGAUCACAUAUAUAUUUUGGGAUGAUUUCAACAUAUGGAUUAAUAUACAUGUUCAUGUAUGUAUGUGAUGAAUGAUUCGACAAGUCUAACGAAAGGGUACAGACAUGGAAAUUAUCGGGUGAAACCUUACGGAUGAGCGGGAGUGGAAACAACAUCGAAGUUCGCCAACUUUGUCAUUUCCGUCACAAUUGGACAGCCUGCCGUAUUUUGGGCAUAUCUCCAUCGUUUCUUCACGGAAUUGCAAACCGUUUGAUUCUGUGGAUUUCUAAGAUGUAAGUCUAUAACUUUCGUAUAGAAAGUAUUUUGAGUUAACAGAUGUAAGAUAGCGUAAAUCGGACCUGAAGUCAAAGGAUAGUUGCUGUCUAGGAUUUCGGAUAUGUCGAUGAACAAUGAUUUCGACGAUUAACUCAUUAACUCCAAUAUUCCAACACCGAACCUUCUCUAUGAUACCUUCCGGAUGUUCCUAAUAAUCGUUAGAGAGUUUA